AUGGGACGUAGGUGUCUGGUGGGAGUGCAACCCGAAGACCCCAGCUCGGCCCCUCCAAUACUCAAUCCUUGUUGGCAGCGGCAGCCGUGGCUCAAAGAAGCUCCGGCACCGGCGGGAAAAGCGGCGAUGAGCGUCGGCUUUGCUGAGCCCACACGCCUCGCGGCAGGCUUCUACCACAGCCUAGUGCUCAGCAACGACCGGGAGCUUGCCACGGAUGGAGAUCGCCAAUCCCAAGUCCAUGGUUUUGGGACGAAGAGGAACUUCCUCCAAGCCACGACUACAGGCGUUGCACCUGCUGGUCAGGCCGCAGAAAAGCUGAGCUUCGCCGACGGUGCCGAGGGAGGGGACGGGACUGGAGGCCCUAGCGGGCUCUUGGCACAUGCUUCUGGAUUCACUGCAGAGCCACAGCUCUUGGACUUGUCCCUUCUGAGUGGAGAUGGAGGAGAAGUCGUCGCCGUGAGCUGCGGGGGAAAUCAUUCCGCCCUUCUGCAGAAGCGUCCUGGGGAGGAGGGCGGUCAUGUCUGGAUUUGGGGUUUGGGAAACGGCGGUCGCUUGGGAGUGGAGCGGCCAAAGAAGAAAUUCGACUUGGACCACUUGCUGCAGACUUCUAUGUGCGCGGCCGAAGCAAAGGCUGCCCUUCUCAGCGACAAACCUUACGUGCAGCAAGUCACGAGUGGCGAUGGUAAGUGGGGCCUGAACGUGCCAUUGCGCGUGGACUUCGGCACAGAUCGAAUUACGUCCAUAAGCUGCGGCACAGACUACACAUUGGCCCUGACAGAAAACGGGGCAAUCUAUGCCUGGGGCAUCGGAAGCUAUGGGAAUUUAGGCACCGGUAUGAUCUGCGAUCAAUGGACACCUGCGCUUGUUCACAUGCCCAGUGACGUGAAGUGCUGCCAAGUGGCAGCAGGCACAAAGCAUUCCAUGGCACUGGCCAGGACCGGAGCACUCUACUCCUGGGGCCACGGAGGUCAUGGUCGUUUGGGUCAUGGCCCGGCAUGUGAGGCAGCCCUGAAACCCACACUUCUCCAAAUUGAGAACGAGAAGGGUGGAGCCUCAGCACCUCGCUUUAAGUUUCUGGCCGUUGGGGAGGCCCACUCUGCUGCUAUCGACCUCAUUGGCCAAGUUUGGUGCUGGGGUGCGGGCUCUUUCGGCCGCUGUGGCCAUGGAGAGGAGGAUGACAACAUGUAUCCACGGCAAGUGAGCUCAAUGAUCGGGAAGAGUUGCUGCCAAGUGGCCUUAGGGGUGUGUCAUAGCCUGGCACUCACAGCCCGCGGCACCAUCUGGAGCUGGGGGGGCUAUUUAUACACAGGCCACGGGGAGAGUGACGAUAUUGAGACUGCCAGGGAACUGGAUGCGGAGAACCUGAAAGGUCACGCAAUCAUCGAGAUUGCUGCAGGGCGUUUCCAUUCCAUGGCCUUGAGUGGCACUGGCGACGUCUUCAGCUGGGGCUCCGGGAGCAUGGGACGCCUUGGCCUCGGCCAGAACAUCAGCGAUCGGAAAGUACCCGAGCAGAUUUCCAAUCUGCGUGGUUGGGUGAAGGAGACCCGGGGGCCCUCCGCCUCCCAGUCUUGGGAGGAUGGAAAGCCAUCGUCGGAGACCCCGAAAGGCCAAAAGGGCCAGAGCUUGGAGAGCCAGAUCGAAGUCUUGGCCUGUGGCGGCAUGCACUCCGCCGCUGUGGAGAAAGAUGGCUCCUGCUGGCUUUGGGGUACCGGAGAGUAUGGGCAGAAUGCCUCGCCGGAGGGUCAGGACUUCUGGAAGCCGGUCUUACUCGCAGCCAUGGACCCUUUGUCAGGCUCGAAGAUCAAAGUGCUCACCAUCGGCCUGGGCCUGGAGCAUUGCCUCAUGAUCUCCAGGAACUUGGAGCUCUUUGCCUGGGGCCGGAACCACCAUGGACAGCUGGGCCUUGGAACGACCAAGGACAUGAGCGAGCCCACCUUCGUGGCAGCGCUUUCCAAAGUGAGCGCGGUGGCCGCUGGAGAGGAUCACUCUGCAGCGAUCACUCCCGGCGGUGAGCUCUACACGUGGGGCAACGCCGAGUGCGGCAAACUCGGCCACGGCUCGAGCAUGAUUCGGAGCUCCAUGGGCUUUCCCAAGCAGGUACGAAUCGAAAACCGCAUGAAGUCGGUGAGUUGCGGUGCCAUGCACACGGCGGUUAUCGGAAGCAACGGAGAGUUAUUCACCUGUGGCGCAGGAUGGUUUGGCCGUCUAGGUCAUGGAGACAUGGAUAACCAGUAUUCCUUGAAACUCAUACAAACCGUCCAGCCCGAUUUGGGCACAUCAGUGGAGUGCCCCCGGUUUGCGCAUGUGAGCUGCGGGUCUUUCCACACCUGCGCGCUGGAUGAGCGAUCGAUGUUGUGGGUCUUUGGUCGGGACUAUACAGUCUGCGAAGAGGAUCACAUAAAGUCACCCCUUCUGUUCAAGAAGAUCGAAGAGGGUGCUGAAUUACUGUCUGUUGCAGCAGGGAGUAACCACACUCUUUGCAUCACUUCCCAAGGCAGCUUGUGGGGUUGGGGUGAUAACAGCAAAGGUCAACUUGGCUUGGGAAAAGGAUCUCCCGAUCAAGUUGGCCCAACACUGAUUUCCUGCAAAGGUUGGGGUGCCGGGAAGCCCGAGCUUCUGGCCGUGACGUGUGGCCACGCCCAUUCCCUGGCUUUUACCGAUUCGGGUGAGAUGUGGGCCUGGGGCCUCCAAAGCGGUGGCCGAUUGGCAUUAAAAGCGCCCUAUGAAGGCAAGUUCUGUCCCACGCCCCUCAAAGUCUACCCUUCCUGGAAGCUGGUUGAGAAGCCACAGGUCACCGGGAGUCGCAAGCGCUACGGUGUCCUCGGAAGGCGUGCGCGCCUGGAAACUCUGACCUUCCCCAACGAGGAGUGGCACAAGUGCUGCAUGGUCAACGAUGGAAAGCAGAUGUUGUGUGAAGAUGUGAAGGCAAUGGCUCCGUCUGAGCUUGUCAAUCAGCACCACGGAAUGUGCGGCACUCAUGCCUGCAUGGGUGCUGACGAAAGGUGUCUGCACGUCGAUCAUCAAGAGGAAGAACUGACGCAGCCGAAGAAGGGGCAGUGCCCUGGAAACUGCCAUGACGACUGCAUCCGGUCGUCUGAGAGGCUGGAGUGCAUCCACUUAGGCGAGCUCACCCAAGAAGCUGGCACUGAAGGGCACAAUGCUCAAUUCGUGCGAGGUGAUUUCAACCAGCCAGAGAAGUACGAAGUCUUCUCCAUGUCCAUGCCGACAACGCCUUUGCUCUGGCUCACGCAGCCCGACUCAGCCCAGUUCCGAAGGACCGCGCGCCGAAAGUCAUGGGAGCGAUUCCUGAAAAGCUGA